AUGAAAAGUAUUGAUUUCUGGAAACAAGAAGAAGGAAGAUGAGAUUUUGACGAUGAAAUUGAUGAGGAGGCCUCUCCACAUUCUCCAGGCUUGAGAGUAGCACUCUCUCACCCCUCUUGAGUGAGAAACCAGAGUAAGCUCCAUAGCGAAGAAAAACUUGCAAUCCUUACAAAGAGAGCAACAUGGAAGGGACAAGAUAAACUAGUAGACUUGCUCAAGAAAACUAAAAAUACCAGUUAUAAAUCGUUCUCCUGCUCUCCAAUUCAAGAGUCUUAUAAAUGAACUAAAUUCACUCCCAAACUGUCACAAGAUAUCGAUGAUGAAUCUGUAACAGUAGAAGUGAGACAUCAAACUCCUGUGAAAGCAUUCAAGCCUGGCAUUCAUAUAACAUCACCUUCUGUACAAGAAAAUCAUAGUUGAAUGAAUUUGAACAAACCCAAACAGAAGAUUCAAAAUAGUUUUAAAGAAUUUUGAAUGAAACAUAAUGAUACUCUAUGUAAGACAGUUAAAGUGGAGAAGGCUACAGAAGGCAAGAAGCUUAUGACCAAGAAUAACCAAGUUAAUAACCUGAAGAAAUCUGGUAACUCUAUCAAAGAGUUACUUGGAACACUUGUGAAGCGAAGGAGAAUGAGUAGUAUGGCUGAAUCAGAUAUGAAGAUGAUUCCAAAAAGAUACCUUUCAGAAGUGCAACACUUGCCAAGAAAGCCCAGAAAGUUGAGAGAGGAGCAAGAUGAUUAUUGAUUUAACCCAUUCAAAUCUGGGUUAACACCUGUAAAGCUCAGAGAUAGAUCAGCUACAUUUAAAGAUGAGCAAUAUGUCCUUGUGACAAUGAACGAUAUUGGAGCAAAUUAAUAGGCUAAAUACU